AUGGCGACUAGUAUUCCACACUGCUAUUUCCACAACACCUCUUCAAUCUUAAAACCACACCUUGUGUUGGAAGCCACCCGCACAAACCCACCUCUUAAAAUUCCCGAAUUACCUCGAAUUCCCCGCUUAAUACCCUCUCUGAAAUACGUUUGCAAACAGGGAGGGCUGAGAGAAGCAUUUCAAUCGUUUAGUGGGUUUUUCACCCAGCAUAAUCCACUGAUCUCCAUCCCAGAGGAAGCUUAUGCACCAGUUUUAGAGCUCUGCGCAUCCAAUGAAGCUCUCUCACAAGGGCAACAGUGUGGGUCUAUCGUGAAUGCAGAGAAACUGUUUGUGAAAAUGCCUCAAAGAACGAUUUUUACAUGGAAUGCUAUGAUUGGAGCUUAUGUUUCAAAUGGGGAACCUCUGGAACUUGGAGAAAUUGCAGCAAAUAAACUCUUAGAAUUGGACCCAGAUAAUCCAGGAAAUUAUGUGUUGAUAUCUAAUGUCUUUGCUGCAAGUCGAAGAUGGAAAGAUGUUAAAGGAGUGAGAUUGAGAAUGAAGGGAAGUGGAUUGAAGAAAAAUCCCGGAUGUAGUUGGAUUGAGAUUGGAAAUAAGGUUCAUACUUUCAUGGCAAGAGACAAAUCUCAUCCGGAGUCUAAUGAGAUAUACCGAAAAUUGGCUGAGAUUACCAGGAAGUUGGAAAGGGAAGGAGGCUAUGUAGCCCAAACAAGGUUUGUUUUGCAUAAUGCAGAUGAAAAACAUAAAGUUGAGAUGCUAUAUGGGCAUAGUGAAAGGCUUGCCAUUGCAUAUGGUGUGCUUAAGAUUCCGAAAGGAACACCUAUUCGGAUAACAAAGAAUCUUCGUGUUUGUGGUGAUUGCCAUUCUUUCUGCAAGCUUGUUUCCAAGUUGCUGGAACGAGAACUUGUUAUAAGGGAUGCCAACAGAUUUCAUCAUUUUGAAGAAGUGAGAUUGAGAAUGAAGGGAAGUGGAUUGAAGAAAAAUCCCAAAUGUAGUUGGAUUGAGAUUGGAAAUAAGGUUCAUACUUCCAUGGCAAGAGACAAAUAUCUUCCAGAGUCCAAUGAGAUAUACCGAAAGUUGGCUGAGAUUAUCAGGAACUUGGAGAGGGAAGGAGGCUACGAAGCCCAAACAAGGUUUGUUCUGCACAAUGCAGACAAAAAAGAGAAAAUUGAGAUGCUAUAUGGGCAUAGUGAAAGGCUUGCCAUUGCAUAUGGCGUGCUUAAGAUUCCGAAAGGAACGCCUAUUCGGAUAACAAAGAAUCUUCGUGUUUGUGGUGAUUGCCAUUCUUUCUGCAAGCUGGUUUCUAAGUUGCUGGAACGAGAACUUGUUGUAAGGGACGUUAAUAGAUUUCAUCACUUUGAAGGGGGACUAUGUUCUUGUGGGGAUUUUUGGUAA